CUAUGUGAAACUUCUCGCUACUUUCCAUUCCUUACCUCACCCUGCUUAUAUAUCAAUCCCAUUCACUUCUUCACCCAUCACCAUUCAACAUUCGCAUACCUCUAUCACUACUACAACUUCUCUUCAACUGAGUUUCCAAUGGAUCUCUUACCAUGUUUCCUCCUCUUAAGCCUUGGACUCUCAUUCUCCCACCUUGCUUCUGCAAAUUUUUUCAAUGACUUCGACAUCACAUGGGGAAACGAUCGUGCUAAGAUACUCGACAAUGGCCAACGCUUGCAGCUCACUCUCGAUCAGUCCUCAGGUUCAGGGUUCCAAUCCAAGAAUGAAUAUCUCUUUGGCAAAAUUGAUAUGCAAAUCAAGCUGGUGCCCGGUAACUCGGCCGGAACUGUUACUGCAUAUUAUCUGUCAUCACAAGGGGAUAAGCACGACGAAAUAGACUUUGAGUUCUUGGGAAAUCUGUCUGGAGACCCCUAUAUUAUGCACACCAAUGUUUUCUCUCAAGGAAAAGGCAGUCGUGAGCAGCAAUUCUACCUCUGGUUCGAUCCCACUGCAGACUUCCACACUUACUCCCUGCUCUGGAAUCCCCAUCAAAUUAUGUUUUCUGUGGAUGGAACUCCGGUGAGAGUGUUCAAGAAUAGCGAGGAUUUGGGCGUUGCAUAUCCCAAGAAUCAAGCGAUGAGAAUAUAUUCGAGCCUGUGGAACGCAGAUGAUUGGGCAACCAGAGGCGGUGCAGUGAAGAUCGAUUGGAGCAAAUCCCCAUUUGUGGCAUCUUAUGGAAAUUUCAAAGCAGAGACAUGCUCUGCCUCCUCCGAUUGCUCUGUGAAUUCAUGGUAUGGUGCACAGGCAUUGGAGUUAAGUGAGCAGGAGAAACUUGAAUGGGUGCGCAAGAACUACAUGAUUUACAAUUAUUGUACAGACAGUAAAAGGUUUCCGCAGGGCUUUCCUGCUGAAUGCACUCGCCAGACGUCCAACUGAGCUCAAAGGAUCAACAUGCGCCAAGUCUCAUCAAAUUCCUUAAUUCAAAUUCUUUUAUUCUUUCAUGUUUUUUGUAGCGAUUUCCAAGCCCAAGAGGCUAUAUUUGUAACAAAUGUGAUCCAAGACAAUUUAAUAUAUAUCUCAAAUUUGACUUGUUA